CCCCGGGCGGGUCCCGCCGUGUCCCGGUGCCGGAGCCGCCGCACGCAGGUGUUGGACCAGGAUUUGUUCUUUGGCACCGGAGCUGUCGGCUCUGCUGGGCAGGAAAAAUGUCAGACGGUUUCUCCUUAUCUGAUGCUUUGGCCGGCAGCAACAACCCGACCCCCGCAGCCCAGGGCUGGCCCUCCUGGGGGAACCAACCAGCAGCUCCUGGAGCAUUCCCAGGGUAUCCUGGAGCACCUGGAACCUAUCCUGGAGCACCUGGAACCUGUCCUGGAGGACCAGGAGUGUACCCUGCAGCACCCGGAGCGUUUCCUGGAGCUUAUCCUGGAGCGCCUGGAGCUUAUCCUGGAGGACCAGCAGGACCUGGAGCGUAUCCAGGAGCACCUGGAGCAUUCCCUGGAGGGCCGGCGGCAACGGGGCCAUUUCCUGCUCCAGGACAACCAUCCAGUGGCCCUGGAUUUGGGCCUUCUGCUCCUCAGGGAGGAUCAGCUCCUCCACAUGGAGGGCCAACUGCUCCUCAGGGAGGACCAGCUGCUCCUCAGGGAGGGCCAACUGCUCCUCAGGGAGGACCGACUCCUCCAUUGAAAGUCCCCUUCGAGCUGCCCCUGCAGGCAGGACUCGUCCCUCGGCUGCUCAUCACCAUCACUGGGACCGUGAACCCCAACCCGAACAGGUUUUCACUGGAUUUCAAGAGAGGGAAUGACGUUGCCUUCCACUUCAACCCCCGCUUCGAUGAAGACCACAAGAAAGUCAUCGUCUGCAAUUCCAUGUUCCAAAACACCUGGGGGAAGGAGGAGAGGACAGCUCCCAGGUUCCCAUUUGAAGCUGGAAAACCCUUCAAGCUCCAGAUCCUCUGUGAGACGGAUCACUUCAAGGUGGCCGUGAACGACGCUCACCUGCUGCAGUACAACUUCCGUGAGAGGCGGCUGAACGAGGUCACCAAGCUCUGCAUCGGGGGGGACAUCGCCCUCACCAGCGUCGUGCCCACCAUGAUAUAACUGGGGGGGGAACUCUGUGCUCUCUCUGUGCUGUAACAAAAGUGCCUUCUCACCAGAUCACUGUGAGCUAAUAAAACAUUUAACCUGUCAA